GGCUGGACUCGGCCGAGCCCUAUAAAUGGCCCUGGCAGGGGACGGUCGCGGCCACCCAGCCGGAGGAGCCGCAGCGCGAACCGUCCCGUCGGAGAUCAUGAGCUUGCAGCCGUGGGGCUAUUUAAAGGACAAUGGUGAGUGGGGCGCGGGUCUCUCGUGGGGAGCCGGAGUUUGCGGCUUCCCACGGCGGCGCCCUCCUCCCCGCGUAAGAGGGGAGCGGGUAGGAGAUGCAGCGCAGUUUCGCUAACGGGAGCAUCUCUCACCGGCUGCAGAAGCUGCUCCUUGCCCACCGGUGCCCGGUAUUUAUUUAUUUUCGAUGGAGCUCCCCAUGAAUAGCAUCUCUUUCUAUAUUGGAUUCCCAGGGCUUUGGGGUCAGUCUUGGUAUGUUCUGUUGAUGGACUUUCCCCCGCUGAUUAGCAAAAUUGGGCGCAAGCUUUCCGGGCAGCUAUUGAGCUCUUUCAGCUGGCACAGAUGUCCUUGCCGCCUGAAAGUGGGAAUGGGGACGUGGGUUUCCUGCAGAUCACAGAAUUGUAGAGUUGGAUGGAACCACAAAGAUCACCUAGUCCAAAAGCAGGGAUCUUUUUGCCCAAUGUGGGACUCGAACCCACAACCUUGAGAUUAAGCAACUUCUGUUCCACCAACUGAGCUAUCCCAGACUGCAUGCAGCUUCCAUCACCCCUGACCAUGUUGGCUGGAGCUGGUGGGAUUUAGAAACCAAGGACAUCUGGAGGGCCAACAGGUCCCCCUGUUUCUUCCUCGAAGAUGGAGGUAGCUUCUAUUCAUCCUGAUUUGCAAGCACAAAGUUUGCAGGGAGCUUGUAUGUUUCAUGAAGCAAUUGUUUGCAUGCUUUCUGGUGCAUUUUUCCUGGCACUACUCACCUCUAAAAGACCAUUAAAAAACCAACACCAAAUUCGCUUUCAUUCUGCCAUGUGAAUUGGUUGGUACACAGUUCAACGCAACCAACAAAUAAGCAAAAUUCAGGGACAGAUCUGACAUGUUUUUACAGGUAUGCAGGAAGCUGACUUAUGAUGGGUCGGAAUAUUUGUCCCUUUGUUCUUGCCUGCCCUGACUGUCAGUGAUUCUCCAGGGUCUGGAGGCUGGGGCUUCGAAGGAUUGAAGCUGGGACAUUCUGUGUACAAGAAUGCACUUUGUAACAAAGCAAUGUGGCACUUAUCAAAGCUAGCCUUUCUGUGCUUUCAUUUAUGCUUUCUGGCUAAAUUUUGUGGAAAUAGCUAAGUAAAAUUCUCUCUCUCCUCCCAUGUAUUUAAUUUUACAUCCCACCUUUCUUCCACAGUACCCAAGCAGCGUUCAAAACUCCCAUUGUUCUAGGCGUGUUUUGGGACAGAGAAUUUCAUAAACGCCAGCAGUUUCUGAGCUCUGGGCGCAGUACUGCGCCUAAGAUUUCAGAUUAAAAUUGCCACUGUUACUCAGAAGUAAAUUCCAACCAAGUUCAAUGGGGCUUCCUCCCAAGCAAAACGUGUAUGGAAUGGAGACCUGAGAACUUUUUCCCCUUUCCUUUUUAAACCCAACAUGUUUUGUUUAGGUUUUAGUUGCCUUGUUUAAUGUACUUUUAAUGUAUGAUGUGCUUUUAAUUUGAAAUAUACUAGCCAGUUCGUUAUGAUGGUUUAAGUAGUGCAUGUUAAAGUGUUAUCUACCUCAGACUCUCACAGUGAUGCUUAAAAUCAAAACAAAUUUUGGAGUAGGGUCACUGAAGGACCCUUAAGUCUUAGGUUUGUGAACUGGGUGUCUCUGCCAUCAGUUGUAUAGGCCUUUAUGUGUUAAUUGUGGUGCCAAAAAGAUAUAUUUAUAUGAAGGAAAGGGGGUGUAGGGAGAAUUCAGGGCUUGUCUGCAGAGUGGAAGGAAAGGAGGACCUUUUUCUGCCUCCCCACUUCCAGUUACUCUCUGAAGACUGCAGAAGGGACCCUCUUAAGAAUAUUUGGGGGGCCAGCAGGGAAAGCAUGGCUUUGCUUUUUUGAAGUCUUCAGAUGAUAACCAGACUAUGUGAAAAAUGAACAAAAGAUUUUAGCUGCAGUUCAUUCAUUUUCAGCUUUGUAUUCCUGUUAUAAAAAGUGUGUCUAGACAUCCUAUUGUUGCGCCCAUAACCUAGGUUUAAGGUGCCAUUUAGCUCCUAGCUUUCAUAUUUCAGUUUCUAACACUGUACUCAAGGUAUUGUAUGUAGAGCAGGGAUAGCUAGACUACAGACUUUUUUUUGUUGUUACUGGAAACCCAGGGUUUUGUUUUGAGUACCAGAACCAAAUGGGAGCUCACAGUCUUUCCACACAGAAAUUCAUUCCCGGUUACUCCAAGCUUUCUUCACUUCAGCAGCUUGCUUUAGAAGAGGAGUCAUUUUGUUCCUGCUCUUCGCAGCCUAACUUAAAUUGCGGGGAAGUUGUGAGGAUAAAACAGUUUGAAGAAACUUAGGAAGUUGCAGUUCAGUGGUUCUGCUCCUGCCUGCAGGGCCAUUUCCAGAAAGCAAUUAUGUGGGGCAACCGUUCAGUGCCCUGGGAGUUGCCCUGUGCCAUCCUGCAGGCUUCUGUCUUGUCCCUCAAGCUAUUUAACAUAUAUCUGAACCACUGGGAUCUGUCUUCAGGAGAUUCCUAGUGAGGUGCUGCUAAUUUGCAAAUGACACCCAACUCUAGCUCUAUCUGAAUCAGGAGAGGCAGCAGAAGUGCUAGACGGGUGCUUGGAGAUAGUUAGGAGCUGGAGGUUGGCAAAUAAACUGAAGCUGAAUCCUGAAAAGGCAAAAGUGUUAUGGGUUCUGAGUUCUCAAAUCUGGGAGGUGGGAGGCUGCCUGUUCUGGAUGGGGUUAUACUCCCCUGGAAGAAGCAGGUUCAUAGCUUAGAGGUACUCCUGGAUCCAACUUUGUCACUUGGGACUCAGAUGUCUUUGGUGACCAGGACUGCCUCUUUCCAGCCAAGUCUGGUUGGCCAUCUAUGGUGUCUUUUGGACAAAGAAGACUUGGUCACUGCACUCCAUGUGCUGGUAACUUCUAGACUGGAUGAGUGGAAUGCAUUCUAUAUGGGGCACUCCUUAGAGUCUACCGUAAUUGGAAACUUCGACCGGUCCAAAAUGCAGCAGUCAGAUUGAAGCCCCAGCCAGUAUUUAGAACUCCUAUAACUCCUGUUUUAAAACAGCUGCACUGGAUGCUAGUUUGUUUUUGGGUCCGGUUCAAGCUACUCACAUAUGUGAUUGAAGCCCUAAACAACUUACACCCUAAAUAUCUGAAAGACAACCUCCUUCCCUACAGAUCCUCCCAGUCUAACUUACCUCACAAGGUUGUUGUGGGGAUUAAUCUAUGGAUUAAAAAGGUGAGAUAUCAAUGCAAUGCAAUAAAAUAAUAAAUAACUCUCUAUCCUAGUGUCUGACACCUGAGAUAUAUGUACUAGGACCCACCCAAUUCUCUUGAUUGUAGUAUGUUUUAACUAUUUUAACUAUUGUAUUUUUAAGACGUGGUGAACUGCCCUGGGUUCUUGUGGUGAAGGAUGAAUAAGAAAUCUUACCAUCAUAAGCAUCAUCAAAAUCCAUGAUGGCAAGGGGGAGGGGGAGGGGAAUUUCUUCCAGCACAGUUCUGCACAUAUACUCAAAAGUAAGUGCCACUAAGUUCACCAGCUAAGGGUAUAUAUGACUGCAGCUGUCAACCUUUAAAUUUAAGUCAAUCUGCCCAUUCUUUCUUACUAAUUUACCAUGGUCCUGUAUAACUGAGCAAGAUACUAAAGUUUGCACUUCCUGACUGCCAAACGCUAAGCAAAUAUGAAAGUGGGUACUAUGCAGUGUUUGCAGGACUUAUAGCUUAUAUUCAGAACAUGACGCUCUCUUAUUGUCUUUCCCCCUUAGGGCCAGAUCGCUGGCAUGAAACAUACCCAAUGGCUAAAGGGAAUAAUCAGUCACCUGUUGCAAUCCUGACCAAGGAUGUCUACAAAGACCCUGCUCUAUUGCCUUGGUUUACUGGCUAUGAUCCAGGUGCAGCUAAGACCAUAAUGAACACUGGGAAAACUUGCCGUGUUACAUUUGAUGACACUUUCGAUCGCUCAGGUAACUUUGAGUUUUAUCUCUUACAAAUACUUCUAGUUAACCAGUAUGCACCCCUGCAAAAUGAAGUCAGGAAGGGAUCAUUCAAACUACUAAUAUCUUUCGGGGUGGGGUGGCAGAGACCCUCUCCUACUUCAUACUUUUUUGCAUGCAGGGGUCUUAAGCAAUGUAUAUAUUUAUUUGAUUUAUUGAUUUACAGUGGCAGGGCAGCUUUAUAAAAACAGCCUGAAGCUAAGCUAGACUAGAAGCACAGAACAAUGAAGAAGUCUUUGCUAGGCAUGAAAAUGACAUCAAGAUAAGUGCUAGGGGAAGUUCUGUGAGGAGGACACUCCACAGUUGGGGUGCCACCAUGGAAAAGUCCCUCUCCCCCACCACAGCACACUCUGAGUGGGUGGGAAUCAGAGAAAGGACUCCAAAGAGUAACUCAAAAGUCUGGUGAGUUCAAGGGUAGCCAACAUGGUGCACUCUGGAUGUUUUUGAACUCCGGUUCCCAUCAGGCCCAGCCAGAAUAGUCAAUGGGCAGGGGGAGGGAAAUGACAUCCCACUCUGCUCUGCCUCCACUGGCACUGCCUUUGUGUUGCCCACCUCCACUGGUGGCGGCAAAAAAGUGGUGCUGGAAUCAGCAGCUAUUUAUGGCAAAAUCUCGCUGAAAUUUCGUGAGCUCUCUUGUUUUCCGUGAGAUUUUGGUGAGCUCUUGCUGGAAAUCUACACUCCUGCUGGUACCACUUCUCCACCAGUGGCGGAGGCAGUGGCAUGGAUGGGGCGCCAGCAGAGGUGUCUGCCACCUAAAACGGCUGCAUCACCCCAAUUCAUGGGUGGGCCAGCCCUGGAGGGCACCAUAUGACUACCCUUGGCUAAGUUCAGGUGGAGAGAGGCCAUUUUUUCAGUACCCUGGUUGCACGUUAUGAAGAGGCUUAACACUCAAAACCAAGACGUUUGAUUGGACCUAGAAAUAGAUUACAAGCCAGGGAAGAUGGUGAAGUACCUUUGUGAUACUCUUGUGUGAUAGCUCUUCUGCCUUCUGAUGGUCCAGUUAGGCAGUUUUAGACUCUGGACCUGAAAGGUUUUAAAAUAUUUAGAUGGCAAUGUGUAUUACUUAAUUACUUAAAUGAAUGCCCCCCUCCGUCCUAUGCAUUAUGCACAAAAGAUGAGUGACCUGCAUUAAAAUGCAGAGAACGAUCAGUAGCCUUUGGCCUGGACAAUAAUAUCACAGGGACACAGAUAUUUGCUGUGGGAAUCUGGUUUUACCAAGCUUAAACCUACUUCUGAAGGCCAGUUUGAAUAUUCAGAAGAGGUUGAGACUUUUGUACAUAUAUCAUCCGUGCGUCUAAUUCCCUGUCUCUAAAAUAGUGGUGUAAGAGCUCAUGGGUCUCAUCAGAGGAACUCCACAGUUCAGACUGAGAACAUAGUACAAACCAUAGAAUAGAUGGUCCACGAGGUCCUGUUCCAAAUAUGAUAAUAGCAGUAGGGUUGUAGAUUCAGCACCAUUCACUGUAUUGUGAUGGGGGCUAUGCAUUGCUCAUCAUCAUGCUUUCAGCUGUACGUCUGCCAUUCACAAACCACUUCAGGUGAUGCCCCUCCCUUAGUCAUUGCCAGCAAUGGCUCACUUACAGCCCUCAAAAUGUUGUUGGACCACAAUUCUCUUCAUCACUGGCCAUUGGUCAUGCCAGCUGGGACUGGUGGGAGUUGUUCAGCAAAAUCUGGAGGGCUUCCUCAGUACAUCACUGGAGGGGUGAAGUCAAAUGAAACCAUGAAAGUUUCCUUUACUCGUGAUGGAAGUUCUGAGUCCAGUCAGCUUAAAAAAUGUCAGAAGACUGACACAUGUCUGGCUUUGGCAUGUAGAGCCAUAACUUACUCUAGGCUAAGUAAUUUUUUAAUGUUUGUUUGUUUUAAUCGUACUGUUAAGCUGUAAUCCUCAAGGGAUGCUUUGGAUAAUUGCUCUCCAUGGGACUUAAUGAAACUGCUUUGGAUAUUUUAGAAUUAGGACCUUAAGGAUGUUGAUCCUAAACAUUGGUGACAUUAUACCUGCUUGCGGUGGUUUGUUUUUUUCUGAUGUUACUGCCACGCUGAUGUAAUGUUCAUCUUUUGUGAUGUUGUCCUACUAUAGUAGUUGUGAGACCCUAACUUUGGCAUGUAUACCAGAGCAUCGAGUUCCAGGUCCUGGCUUUGGGGACACCACAAUCACCCUAGUGGGAAUUUCGCUAUCAAUUUCAGUGACUGAGUGUCCUCAUUUGUCAUGAAGCCAUGACAGCCAGGCCACCCGCACUUUAUAUGGGCCUUUGAGAUCUUUACAUAACUGCUUUUUGUUGCUGGUGAUUUAUUUCUGUGUGGGUACGUCUGGAUACCAGUCAGAAUGAGAAGAAUUGACACAGCUGAGGCGCGGGGGCGCUGCUUUGUGCAGGCAUCCCCAUACCAACUAAAGAAAGAAAAGUCAACGUUAAGCCUUUUGCCCUGUGCUUAACACAGCCUUUAUCCUUGGGUAUUCCAGCACAUAGGAUAUCAAUCACUGACAUGAGACCAGCAGUGCUCCAGUACAAAAGGAUUUAAGAUCUGUGUUAGCAUUAACUUUGAAAUUCCAUGCUAUUGCUGGAGGUCAAAGAACUUGAACGUUGUUCAAACAAAGGCCUUCUGGGAUUGCUACAGUACAUUGGGUUAUCAGCUUUCUGGCUCUGGAAACUUGGGUUCCUUUCCCUUUUUAGGCUGCAAAUAAAGACAAGUUUAGUAUCUCAGGGGACCCAGGGUUACAACAGUGGGACAGGGGCGUUGCAGGUCAGGAAGGAGGUUCUCUUGCAGAACACCCUGUUUUCCAGAACUUCCACACUCUUUGUAGAGACUGUGAGGUCUCCCUUCCAAACUUUCAUAGAAUAAAAGCCUCAUUGCUAUUGCCAAUUGUUUUGCUUUAGGUGAAAAAUUCCCUUCUUGGAAAUGCAAGCCAUAUAAUUGCACAUUGUCAAACACACAUAGCUGACUUUAUUAACAAUAAUGACAAAGAAUAUGCCAAAACAGUCUGCCGACCAAAUGUUUAUUUAUUUAUGGACCUGUUAAUGCAUCGUUACUGACAUAGCCAACUGUGCUAUACUGUUACUUUGUUUUUAUCCUAAAACAGCAUGGCAAAGCCAUCAUUUUGUAUCUUGGGGAAAACCUGGCCUCAUUGUUUUCACUUGUGGAUUAUCACCUGUCACUAUAAAUCUGGCAACAGGUGAGGCUUUGCGUCAAUAAGACCUGCUCUCCCCCAUAACUAUAUAUAAACAGGGCUAACAUUCCUUGCCUGAUAGAUUUUGUUUUUACCUGGCUCCCAGUGGCAUCUGCCUUGUGAAAAAAAAGGAAUCAAUUUCCCUCCCACUUGCAACCUACUGGGUAGAAUAGACAUUUUAUUCCAUUGAUUUUACAGUAGAUUAUAAGCUGCCAGCUCCAGGGGUUUUUUGUUUUUUGCUGAUGUGACUAUGCCGUCACACACUUGCAUUCACACCAGAAGGGUAUAAUCAACAGAUCCUUCCAUGCACAAAAAUCUGUUUUGUAUGGUGAAAACAAAAACCCCAUAAUGGAGAAAGAUUGCUUAUUAUCAGAAGAAGAAUCUUGCUGCAUCUCACCAGAUCUCUGUCUUGUCCAGCAUUCUGCCCCAACAGCAGAUUACCUAUUGGGGGCUCACAACUAGGACAUAUGCUGGUUUUCAGAGUCAUAGUCCCUGAGUUUUUUUUUCAUUUUUAAGCUGACCGAGUUAGUGGUUAUUCCUAAAUCUCGUGGUAGUGAAAUUUAGGUGGUUCUUCUUCAGUGAGACAAUGCCAUAAGGAAUAACUAAGAAAUACAUAUAUGAAUUUCCCACUGUAAAAUAGUUGGCAGGUGGGCAUCUGACAUUUUCAUAGUAGGAAAACUGUUCCAUUGCAACUCCUUUAUUCUUAAGCAAAAGCAGGAUGGUCAGAGUUGGAGAUGGGGUUUCAUACUGGGUGGAAUGUAACUGGAAACAGGUGAUAACUUCUUCAGAGAGCUGGUGGAGGUAUGAUAGAGGCAUUGUUGCUCAUGCUAGUUACUCUGGUUUAGCUAUGAUCUCUGGUCAAAGAGCUUUGCAAGUUGCUAUGGUGCUUUAAGAGGCAGCAGUCCUACUUUUGAGCAAAGGCAGAGGCUGUACACACUAUACAUUCAAAGCACAUAUGAAGCAUCUUCUUUCUCUUAAAGAAUUCUGGGCACAGUAGUUUUGCCCUCACAGAAUUACAAUUUCUGGCAACCCUUAACAAACUACUUAGAAUUCUUUGGGGGGGGGGGGGAAAGUGUUCCAAAUGUGCUUUCAAAAUAUUGCGUGCACAGAGCUAAAAGCGACAAAGAAGACUUCGCAUGUAGCCAAACUAUGAGUGAUGGCCUUAUAGGGAGGUUCAGGCACCCCAUGUAUUGAGAGGAUUUAUGAGGAAGACCACAACACUUAUGUAAGCUAGCCCCACUCCUGCCAUGGGCAGCAGCAUGCAGCUAGUAUGCAAGGGAUACAGUGAACGGGAGUUCCUUCACAUGCCAACCCAAUGCACAAAAGGUGUGGGCAUGGCUGCUGGGAUGACAUUGGGUCUGUGGCAUUGUGGAGUCAAUAAGAUUGUGGCCAGGCUGACAACACAGUUGCAAAAACAAAACAAACGAACAAAACCUUGUGGGGAAAUGAAAUAAGCUGUGUUGCUGCCACUGCUAAUGGUAAGCUCCCUGAAAAAGUGUUGGCAAAUUCUCCCCCCGCUGGAGAAACUAGGCACCUCCCACCAUUUCUGCACCAAUAAAAACAGGGUGGUGAAUUUUCAGGUGCCAUUUCAGAACAGCGCUAAUUUCAACCUCUCCUUUUUCAGGUUGACUGUAGUUGUUUGAACUACACAGGGCAUCCCUCACACAAGCAUCUUCUCUUAUGGUAUGAAGCACACAGUCAGCACUUGGGAGCUCAAGAUAUUUCACAGCAGUUUGGGGUUGAUUGGCAUGUCUGGAAGGAAAUAAAUACGGACACUUGCUGUCGUCGUCCCCCCAUUUUUUGUUUUUGUUUAUUUUAAGGGGGGAGGACUGCAAUAUUAAAUUACACACUUGUGUGUGAUAAGAGAAAGGAAUUUUAAUCAAUAAUUACAUUGGUUAUUUGAAGGAGCUUCAGAAGUAUUUCCUGUGGUGUGAAAUGUAGCUUCCUUGCCAUUAUAACUGGUUCUUGAUUGAGAGAGAAGUCAGGGCCUAUUUAUAGAUGGGUGAGGGGUGUGAAUUUUGGGCAAAGGCUCAGCUUCACUUGAUGCCCACAGAGUGACAUGUAAUUAACUCAUAAGUGACAAGUGUGAGCUAUUAUUGUUCUCAACCAAGAAUUCCUGUUCUUAAUUGCCACCAGCAGUGCUACUGGUAAACCUCAUGCUUCACGAUGACACUGUGUUUGUGGAAUUCCCUCCUCAAGGAAAUAUGUACAGCAGUGCUCUAUCAUGACUGACACUGAAGAGAACUCUUGAGACUUUUUAAUUUAGACCCACUUUAAUUAACUGCUGUGUUUUUAUUGUUACUGCUGUGUAGUUCACUAUGUAUUCUUUCAUAAAUUAUGUGCACAGUGUGUCCUGCAAGGCAGCUUAAAAACCCACAAAUAAAUAAUCACUAGUUGCACACUUGAGUUCUUACAACUGGCAAAAUAUCAUGACCAAGAGGUUUUUUUUAAAAUCAAAUCCGAAGACCACUAAACAAACAGACAUGGGUCCUCUUGGGACUGUACCACUUUAGAAUGCAAAUGGAGAUCAAAUUAUUGUUCUUCAACAGCAAACUGCAGAGUUAGGAUGCCUGGGAGAAGGUUGCCAGUUUAAUUUGGCAAUCUUCCUGACAUGCUAGCUUUUCAUUUGUAGGGAUUUUAAAACAGCUGCAGGGAGAGGCAUUCCUGACUCAUUUUUAAGUGAUAUAGUCCUAGAAAGUUAUACCACUCCCCAUCUCUAAACCUUUAGAUUGCCUUUGAACUCAAGGAAAGGGGGACUGAAUGUGUGUCCCUUUGCAUGUAUAACCUUCCAGUCUUCCCUGAGGCUUUAUGGAGUUUUGCUAUUGGUAGCUCCUGUUCAGAUGUUUGAUGUCUUGGGGCUGCUUUGAAUAUUUAUAUUAGUGUGUGGGAAAGAAACCCACCAAAGAAGGUUGCUAUGAAUGUAUAGGGAAGUUUUCAAUAUUUUAUGUUUAUUGUGUUUUUAAUAUUUUGUUGGGAGCUACCCAGAGUGACUGGGGCAACUCAGUCAGAUGAGCAGCAUGUCAACAACAACAACAACAACAACAACAACAACAACAACAUCAUGAUGAUAAAUCUGAACCUUGUUUAUGUGUAAUUUUGGACAACUCCCAAGCUAUGAGAAGACCAACCAUUAUUAUUAAUUGUUUUUAUUAAAAGAUUUUCCUGGGCAACAAAAGUACAUACAGUGUCUCUGUAAGGUCAACCAUUUAUUCAAGUAACGUUAAUUUCUAUGAAUACUAUAAUGACGGCAGAGUAGUAAUAACAGUGCUGUAGGCACCAGGUACUGUAUGGCUCUAGGUCUGAGGGGACCCCUUGUCCAUCAGUGGAUCUUGUUGGGCUUAACUGGCAAAUGCAACAGCAGUGCUCCAGGAAGCUGGCUUUAGCUGCCAUUUUAUUUUGUCACCAUGCCCACAAUGUAGCGUUGCUUCAGGGCUUUGCAGGAAAUUUAAAUGGUGGCUAGCCCCUGGUCGAUCCCCUGUCAUCCAGUGCUGAUUGAAGUGCCGGCGAUAGGCUGUGCCAGCGUGGCUGGGGCCAUGGCAGCUGCCCCAGGAUGCCAGGUGAUAGAAGAUGAGAUGCCCUCCCUGACUUCAGCCAUAUUUGCAAGAGGUGCUCAUCAACCCUAAAAGAAAAGGCCCAUGCAGUACAUGGUUGUCCAUUUUGUUUCAGCCCAGAAAAGCCUUCUUUUAAUCGAGACCUAUUUGUUGCAGUGCUCAGGGGAGGGCCACUCCAGGGUACUUACCGGCUGCGUCAGCUUCUCAUCCACUGGGGUUCAACAGAUGACAAAGGCUCAGAGCAUGUGAUUGACGCAACGAGGCAUGCAGGAGAGGUGAGUCUUUGUGCGCUAGAGAAUGCAUCAUGGAGGAUAAAGCUACCAAUGGCUGUUUACCAUGACGUCUAUACUCUGCCUUCCAUGGUCAGAUGGGGAGAGGGCUCUUGCUCAUGGGUCUCUUACAGCCACCUGGUUGGCCCCCCGUGAGAACAGGAUGCUGUGAAAAUUGGGUGCGCAAAAAAGGAAGAGAAUAGGAGGCAUGCUUAUGGGGUUGAGAAGAUAAAAAGGAGGGGCGUGAAAGUAUCUGAAGAAUAGGAGGGGAUAGCGACUUCAUAGCUGGGAAGAAGGUGAAAAGGGUGCUUAGGAGUUGCAAUGUGUGGUAGCAGGAAGAUGCAGGAACUUACAAUUGGGGUGUUCUGUGUGCAAUGGGGCGGUAGCACCCCCAUCAUUCAGCCCAGACACUGAGGUCCAGCUCCGAGGGCUUCUGGUGAUUCCCUCACUGCGUGAAGUGAAGUUACAGGGAAGCAAGAGGGCCUUCUCGGUAGUGGUACCCGCCCUGUAGAACGCCCUCCCAUAAACAACUAUCUGACUUUUAGAAGACAUCUGAAAGCAACCGUGUAUCGGGAAAUGUCUAAUGUUUUACAAAUUUUUUAUGUGCUAUGAGAUACCCAGAGUGGUGGCUGGGGAAACCCAGCCAGAUGGGUGGGGAAUAAUAAUAAUAAUAAUAAUAAUAAUAAUAAUAAUAAUUGCAUCAAAGAUGGAGGGUGAAAGUGCAGCCAGGUUCAGGUUCAGGACUGCAGAAUAGAAGAGAGAAUUGGCUUCAGUAAUGGGCUCAGAAGGUGAAAGUUUAGUAGUUUCAUGGGGGUGGGAAUGAGAGGCUCUGGGGGGUUAAUGUGGGGGGUGAACAAGCAUGGGCAGAGUCCCUAGUAUAAUAGAUUUUCCUUGUUUCCAGAUUCAUUUGGUGCACUGGUAUCCUAAGUAUAGCAAUUAUGCAGAUUCUCUGAGAAAAACUGACGGUGUGGCUAUCUUGGCUAUUCUUCUGAAAGUAAGCUCUAUCUUUCUGUACACAUAUUAUGAUACCUAGCAAUCUUGCUGUCUAAGUAGCUCAGUCGGUAGAGCGUGAGACUCUUAAUUUCAGGGUCACGGGUUUGAGUGCCACAUUGGGCAAAAGAUUCCUGCAUUGCAGGGGGUUGGACUAGGUGGUCCUUGUGGUCCCUUCCAACCCUACAACUCUAUGUCUAUCUGAAACAAUGUCCUUUUAUAUCACUCACACUACCCCAGUAUUGCAUGGAUGUGCAAGUGUGAUUCUACUAUGUCUGGACUGCCUUGUUACCAGUGGGGUCUCAGCAAAGAAGUGCAGUUCAUCAUGACAGCACCCCCAGCCACACCCUUAAGGAGAGUCCAAAAAUUCAGACAGCUAAACUGAUCCUUUGUGUGUGUGUUUGCACGAAGGAGCAGCAGUCCAUAGCAUAAUUAGAAUCUUAUGUACAAUUUCCUGGCAGGGUUGCCAGUGGGGCUUGCAUCUGACAGUAUAGGUUCUGCUUGUAACACACAUUGAGCUUCAGCCAGUUGAAAUGCAAAGAUUUUGCAAAUAAAUGUUGCUGUUGAAACUGUCUGCUCCAUAACAGAAAAGAGAAGAAAAUAAUUUUUCUCCUUCUCUGACUGCCACCAUGUGACUCGGUCACAAGUAUACUUGAAAGCCCCAUUAUCACCACAUUUGUUUGCCUGAGAAUCUGUUUAAUUACCCUGGCACUGUGGCAGAUGACACUGACGAUCCUGCUCUGAAAAAAAAGUCCUGGAGCUGUCUUCUUCUGAGCUCCUCUCCCACCACACCACAGUUUAUUAUACCAACAGAACACAAUUAGCACACAUGUCAAACGGACAUUCUGUCAAGCAAAUCAUUUAAAUCAUCCCCACUGUGCUCUUCUUCUUAUCACAUAAGAAUUAGAAACCCACAGCUUUUUUCUGUUAUGAAGGAACCUCUGUGCAUGCUUACUUGGAAGUACCGUAUUUUUUGCUCUAUAAGACUCACUUUUUCCUUCCUAAAAAGUAAGGGGAAAUGUGUGUGCGUCUUAUGGAGCGAACGCAGGCUGCACAGCUAUCCCAUAAGCCAGAACAGUAAGAGAGAUUCAGAAAAUCUGUACAGAUAAUCCUUAACUUUCCUCAGAGGGUAGGAAGUUGGAUGAGCGAGAUGUUGCUGCAUUCAUGUUACCAUAAUUCAGUGACAGCAAACUAAGUAAAAUGAACAAUCAAGCAAACACAUUGUUCCAAAUGUUGUUCUCUGUUGUUUUUAAACCCAACAGGCAUGGUUUUUGCUGUUUUUCUGUGCAAGAUGUUCUCAGAAUUAAACAGACAGAUGGGGUGGUUAAAGAUCAUUUCUGCAUGUUGUUGUGAUUUAUAAUCUUCCAUGCUAUUCAUCUUGUACUUUCUCUGUCACAGGUAGGGAAAGAUCCCAAGCCAGAGAUGAAGAGAAUUCUUGAAGAAAUGGAAGCCAUUAAGACCAAGGUAACUUGAGCGUACAACUGAAUCACACUUGCAAAACAGCAACCAUCUAUAAUCUGCCAAGGAAACAAGGAGGGGGCCUGUCAAACCAGUCACAGGGACCACGCAAGGGAGAGGCAGGUGGAAGUUAAAACAGAAAUAAGAGAAGGGUUUACUGAAGAAGUGGAUGUGUAGAAGGGGCAUAAGGGAAACAAGAUAAAUAUUUUGGCUCUUGAAGAUUAGAAGCAGGGUGGUUUUUCCAAGAACUGGGUUCAGCCACUAUCAGAUGAGUGUACACACAGUUAAAGGAAUGGGUGCAUUCCUCCUACAUUUAGAAACUGGAGUGGAGUAUCCUUUUUAUCUUUCCCACUCCAUUUUUUUGUGGGGGAGGGGAAUGGUCACAAAAAGCGUGUGUGUUAGUUGUUGUUUUUUUGAAAUAAUUUUUAUUGGUUUUACAAAAUAAAUUUCACAUUUACCACAUUUAAAUUUCAAAAUCAAUCUUCUGAAUUUUAGGACUCCCCAUACCCCAUAUAUAUAUAUAUAUAUAUAUAUAUAUAUAUAUAUAUGGGGUAUAUAUAUAUAUAUAUAUAUAUAUAUAUAUAUAUAUCAACUGCAUAUUAUAAUUCUUCCACGUUAUGUUCCUCCAAAAUUACAGUGUUCUCUUAAAUACAGCCUACAUUUGUCUCAUUCCCUGUUGAAGCUUUGUUCCUCCUGAUUUCUGAUUUUCCCUGUCAAUCUUGCCAUUUCUGCAUACUCUAAUAAUUUUGUCUGUUAGUCCACUUUUGUCGGCAUUUUCUCCUCUUUCCACUGCUGGGCAAGCAGCAGUCUAGUCUUCUCAAAUCUUUCGGUAUAUCUGCACCUAUAAUUCCUAGGAGAAAGGCUUCUGCUCUUUUAAACAAAUGUUAUUUUAAACAUUUUUAAAAGUUCAUUACAUAUCAUUUCCCAGAAUUCCUUUAUCUUUUUACAAUUCCACCACAUAUGAUAAGAGGUGCCCUCUUUUUCCUUACAUUUCCAACAUACAUUUGAGUUAGUCCUAUACAUUUUUGCUAACUUACUGGGUGUUAAGUACCAACGGUACAUCAUCUUCAUAUAAUUUUCCUUCAGCGUAUAACAUGCCGUAAAUUUUAAGUCAACUUUCCAUAAUUUCCCCCAUGUUGCCAACUGUAUAUUAUAUCCAAAAUCUCUUGCCCUUGUGUGUGUGUUAGUUAUGCUUAUUCCUGACCUCAACUAGAUCUUCAACUGGAUUUAAUAAUAUUGCUUCUCUUUUUAUUUAUUUAAGGGGAAAGAGGUUCCUUUUCAAAACUUUGAUCCAUCCAUCCUUUUCCCUCAAAAUCGGAGCUACUUCACCUACCAAGGCUCCUUCACUACACCUCCUUGUGAUGAGUGUGUUACCUGGAUUAUUCUGAAAGAGCCAAUCACCGUCAGUGUGGACCAGGUAAGCUUUUCUUAUGCAAGUAUUUCAUGUGAACUACAUCCACAUACAGUUUGCUGAAAGCCUUGCUCUGUUAAUCAGAAAUAACAUGCCCGAAUUCAGUGCUGACAACAGCCAUGAGAAAAUGCUGGGACAUUUCUAAAGCUGAGGAAUAAGAACUAUGAGUAAAGGCUAAAAAUCAUCUUGGGUUUCAGUUCAGUUUUUGCAUUUGUUUACCCAACCACAGAAUCAAACAAGCCAAUAUUCUUUAUAAUGCACCUCAAAAAACUUCUGACAAUGUAACAGGGGGAUUAACCCCAAACUAAGACCUGGUUUACACAACACAAUAAGCCAAACUAUAGCUUACUGGGACAUUGUGAAUGUGCUGACUCCUAAAGAGGUGCUUGCAACCAUUUUGGUCCUCUCCAGUCCUUUAUAUUCCUGUACCAUGCAGAGCUAAGCCAAGGUUUGGCUUGUGGUUAGGCUCUCUUCUCACUAUCUGUUGUAGCCAUGAACAAACCUGUCUAUCUCAAUUUUACUGACAAAAGAAAACAUUCAGGGAGGGGAGAGACUCACCAAAGAGCAUCUGAUUCAUAUUUCCAUCCCCAUUUUUCCUAGCUUCCUCUCGGCAGCACCCUACACAGGGUUCCAAGCCAAGAGGUCACAAAAUCAAGAAGAUCCAUAAAUGAGAAGAUCCGUUUGGGUGCGCCAAAUUUUGGUCUCGCUCAGGGUGCCCUAUUGCCAAAGAUUACCAAAAUCCACCCCUGCUCUCGGUUAAAAAUUUCAUUGGAGCACAAAACGCAAAUGAACUUUGGCGGGUUUGCUGGGUUUGACAACGUAAAUCAUACUGAAGCCCCUCCCUCAGCCUUAAUUAUGUCAUUUACAUGGAAGCAGGUUCUGCUGGCUUUAUCCCUUCAUGUUUGGUUGCAAGUACAUCCCAAAUGGACUCUGGCAGUUUUCUGAGGAAACUGCAUUCCAUGUGUCUGCUCAGUGCUUAAGACACCUCAUUUUUAGCCAGGCUCCAGGUUGGUCCUCACAUCUGUUUACUUCUCUGUAGAUGGAAAAGCUUCGUAGCCUAUCUAGCAAUGCUGCAGGUGACCCCUAUUGUGCUUUGGUGGACAACUGGCGGCCUCUUCAGCCUCUGAAUAACAGGAUGGUAAGAUCUCCAUGCCAAUAGAAUCUUUGCUGAAGCCCAUGAUCUUCGGUUGUGAAGACCCAGGAUUCCACACUCGUGUUGUGUUUGACCUGCUGUUCUCCCUCGAGAUCUGUACUGUUGAGCUAGAAAUUCUGAGCGAUGAAACAGGACAAUUUAGAUAAAAUUAAUCAACAUUCUAGAGGGGGGAAAUCACUGGGGAAAUAUUUACUAUAUUAGAAUGGGGGAUCUCUCUCGAUAAUCUUUGUGAACACUACCAUUUUUAUGGAAAAUUCUGUGGGUGGGUGGGAAGGUCUUAAAGGAUUUUCUUUCUUUCUUUCUUUCUUUCUUUCUUUCUUUCUUUCUUUCUUUCUUUCUUUCUUUCUCUCUCUCUCUCUCUCUCUCUCUCUCACACACACACACACACACACACACACCUGUAAAUGAAGAAUGCUAGAGGAGCACAGCAAGAGUUGAAUGCAUUUUUGUAUCAUAUCUAUGUAUAAAGUGUCAUUAAAAAUGCAAAUUGUGAAGAAAAUCAGCCUGGAAGUCUAACCCUCUAUCCUUCUCAUUGUUGACGGUGAAAUUAAACACAUUCAUUCAAACAGGAUAUAGUAUGGGAUGAAGCAUUCUUAUUUAAUUGCUCAACUUCAUUUCCUGUUGAUUUGUUUGAAAUGAUAAUCUUUUGAACAGCCAGGAUUUUGUUUAAUAUAAAGGUAAUCUUGGUGACUCUAAAAUAGGGUGGGUUUUUUGGGGGGGUGGUUUCCAGAAAACAUUAUGAGUUAUUUAAUUUUUAGGGUUUCUUGUAUCAUUUCUCUGAUGUGUCAAAAAGGUCACUUUCUGAACUUCUGAUUUUAUUAUUUUGCAGUUAAUUUUUAUGCCAUUGAAGUUAGUGUAAUGAAAUAUUGGUCAAAAACCCAUUUCGCUUGUGAAAUGCUCAGAUGAAUUUUGCAAUGGGAAAUAUCUCAAAGUUUCAAACUACUAAAGAAAUGGAGUUUUGUAUGUCCUGUUUCAAUACGUUGCACUCAGUAGUUUACAGAUGUCAGAAUACCAACUUUGAAUCUGACCUAUUGAAAUAAAUGGACUUAUUUGUCAUUAACUUGCUUACAUUGAUUCCAGUGGAACUACGCUGUGUAUGACUAGUCAGAUCUUAUCCUGUUAAGGAGGGGGCUGUUUUUUUUCUUCUCAAAUCUCCAAAAUAUAUAUAUAUAAGAACUUGAAUCUAUUUAGUGUUUAAGUUGUAGCACUUACAUUUGUAAACAUAGGGGGGUACCUAGCUAAAUCAUUCUCAGAGCAGACCAUUGAAAUCAACAGAGUAUGACUCAGUUGGGUGCCACCCAUAAUUUGUUGCUUCAAAUCUGAAAAACAUUUUCAAAAAAAGAAUGAAAAUAACAGCCAGGGUGUUGUUGUUUUUUAACCUCUUCAAGUUGUUAAUAAGGUAUUUUCUGGGGGGUUGUUUUUCUUCUUGCUUUGAGCUGGUACUUUCUAGAAAAAGCAAUUCAGAUAGUAUUGCAUGAUGGCAACAUAGGUGCUUUUGUAUAUAAAACAACAACAACAAUAAAUCUGUUUAUCUCAGAAACAAAGUUUUCAGAACUUCUUAGGUGAUUGUAAUAUGAUCCCAUGAGAGGGCUUUGUGCACUUAAAUCAUUUUGAUAGGGAUUGUUGUUGUUUUUUUAAUUCCUGAGGGAUAUUCAUGUUCCUCAACUGUAUAAGAAGCCAAAACUGGCAGAGCAGUCUUAACCCAACCUGAGGGAUAUUGGAGGGCUGGAGCCAACAACACAUCUGGAGUUUUGUCAGCUGAUGCUAGCUGCUGAACUGGCUUCCUCUCUUUGAAACAUGCUGGAUUCAGAUCCAGUGGUUCCAUCGCUGGCCCAGCAUUGUCCAGGGAACACCCUAUUCUGCAGCCCUACACAGGGUACUACUAGUGGAAGGAGCGCUGCUCACUACAGCCUGCUGCCCUCUCAGGCAGAAGGUGGGCUUCUGCUGCAGGACCGCAAUACCUCACCUCAAGGACCACCUCUUCCCAUAUGAACCUACCUAGACCCUGAGAUCAUCUUCUGAGGCCCUCCUUCAUGUGCCUCCUCCUCGAGAGGUCAGGAAGGUGGCAACAUGAGAACGGGCCUUCUCUGCAGUGGCUCCCCAUCUGUGGAAUGCUCUCCCCAGGGAAGUUCGCCUUGCACCUUCAUUAUACACCUUUAGGCGCCAGGUGAAAAUGUUGCUUUUUAACCAGGCCUUUGGUUGAUCUGAUUUACAUCCUAUGCCCUUUAAAAAAAAAUGGGGGGGGCUAUUGGGUUGCUGUUUUUAUUUUUAUAAGGUAUUUUGUGGUUUUAUAUCUUGAUUUUAUUCUGUGAACCACUCUGAGACCCCUGGGUAUAAGGCAGUAUACAAAUUCAAUCAAUCAAUCAAUCAAUCAAUCAUCAUCAUCCCCCCCCAAACCCCCAAAAUCAGUCGUACUCCUUGGUGAUGGGCAAGAGAUCUGUGCUUGAUCCUCCUAACCACUAUCCUCAGCCAUCAAGAUAUUGGGCAGGUUAGGAUUAUAUACUUGCAGAUAUAUUAGCAUGCAAGCCUUUGUGGUACAGAGCAAAAUUUGUCAGAUGUGUGGCAUCCCAAAUAGGUAAGCACAAGGGUGCACAUGUUGAGAGGUGGACGGUGCUUACUAAGGAAAGCCAAGAGAUAGCAGUGUAUUUGUUGGUCUUUACAUAUGGCGCUGUAGUCUAAACCACUGAGCCUAGGGCUUGCUGAUCAGAAGGUCGGCGGUUCGAAUCCCUGCGACGGGGUGAGCUCCCGUUGCUCAGUCCCAGCGCCUGCCAACCUAGUAGUUUGAAAGCACGUCAAAGUGCAAGUAGAUAAAUAGGUACUGAUCCGGCGGGAAGGUAAACAGCGUUUCCGUGCCCUGCUCUGGUUUUGCCAGAAGUGGCUUAGUCAUGCUGGCCACAUGACCUGGAAAAACUGUCUGUGGACAAAGGUCGGCUCCCUCAGCCAGUAAAGUGAGAUGAGCACUGCAACCCCGGAGUCGUUCACGACUGGACAUAACUGUCAGGGGUCCUUUACCUUUACCUUGCAUAAACAUAAGGGAAAAGCCUUCUGGUUCAGCCCAGCAUCCUGUUCUCAUGAUGGGAGUCUGCAAGCAGAACCGUGAUUUUGUAGCACCCUGCUUGUGGUUAACGCUUAGCUGGAAUGAAAUAUUCAACGCAGCAAUAGAGAAAUUAAAAUAAUAAUUUAUUUGUCAGACAAAUAAAUGAGAGACACAGUGGUAUAUGGUUACCAAAGCUCUGCCUACUCCAGCCCUGAUGGCCAGCACUUAUAUUUCCUCAGCCCAGCCCCCUUGCUCCUCCUUUGGCUGCCUCUGUCCAAUCAGCCUGGUUGAAAUUCCUAUUGGCUGUUUGCUAGAACCAAUCAUAAAAGAUACACCCAUUUCCUAUUACCUUUUAUGGGAGACAAAGAGCUAUAUUUCCUUCUAUCCAUAAAUGGCAGACAAGUAGCCAUAUAUCUUACAUUUACCUUGACCAGGCACCUUAAUUACCAGAUAACCUUUCUGCCCUAUUGCCCUAUUACCCUAUUGCCCUAUUCACUCCAAAACAGAUGGCUAAAACAGAUGGCUCAUGGUUUUAAUUUUUAUCUUAAACAGAGAUCUUGGGUUCACCUUCUCACACACCAUCAAUGAAAUAAGAAUCUAACAUAAGAAUCUAACAUUUCUUACUUUCUAAAUCCUUUGCAUAAUUACAUUUAAGCCAAUAUAUUUCAUACAUAACAUAGAUAGAUUUUUAGAAGAAAAGGAACUUAGUAAAAACAGCUUCAAAACAGCUUCAGAGAGAAGCCUCUUCGGUUUACAACCCCCUUUCAAGCCAGCUGCUGUUCCCAUUAGCUCUUGCCCUUUAACCUUAGGAAGAUGUGGCUCGAGUCUGAUGGGAGGCACAUGGUAUUUUCUGUUAAACAAUAAAUUUCACUAUUUACCAACUCUUAAUUAGUGUUUUUGCAGCUUGAUUGUAUUCUGUAAUUUGUAUGGUCAGUAUGACCUUUUGCUCCCAGCCUGUAAUUUCCUUUUACAACCCUGAGGUACUGCUAUAGAUCAGGGGGGCCCUUGAUCAAGAAGAUAAACAACUGCCAGAGUACUCAGCCAGCUGCUUUAUAUCUGGCAUGAAACAUACAAACAUUUGCAAAUAUAUAUUUUUAAGCUCAUUUUAAAAUACAAGUCUUGAUCAGAUGCCUCAAUCUCAACUGUCUUCUCCCCACCUCCAGUUCCUAGCAAAUUGUAUUAAAUAGCAUGCCACUUCUGACAGUGCAGGUAGAGUAUAGCCACAUGACUAGUAGCAAUUUUAAAUAACCACCACUGUUUGUGGUUUGCCUGCAAGGUAAAAAAUUACGAGGCACAUCAGAAACUUCCUUCCAGCUCGAAAACUGAACAAUGACUAAUGAUGAAAGCAUUUCUUUUUUAAAAAUUGUUAUUUGGCUGGGAAUAAAAUGAUUAACAUACACAACCAUAUUCUUGACAAAAUGCCAACGGAUUGGUUCUCAGAAAACCACUAGGAGGCAGAUGUCUUUGCUUCUACAUUUUUAUCUCAUUCAAAUAGACAACUGAACAUAUGUUUUACUACAAACCCCCAACACAUUUUUCUUUGUAAAUUAAGCACUGAGAAUAUGCCAAUAAAUAAAGUUCUUUGCCUAUAUAACCUUUAGUAAUUUGACUUAUCUGACUCAUUUUUAAAUCAUUAUAGAAUUCAAUUUGCAAAUUUGGGCCUAUUCUUACAUUUCCUCUUGUUGGCUGCGAUUUCUUUUUUUACAUUAAAGAUGUCUGUUUAUCUGAAGCAAAAUCAAUACUAAUUAUGUAAUCCAUUAUGCAAUCCACUGGUUGCAAUUUGUGGGGAAGAAUAACACACAAAAAUGCUGAUUCUCACCUUUUUUUACUUCACAGUCAUACUGUUUUUAUUUGGACUUACAUUCAAGUAAUUAUGGUUAGAAUUGCAGCCAUUACCCUGAAGGGCUUAGUGCCAUUAAUGCAUAAUCUUGACACUCCGAGAAGGGAGAAAUAAUUGAUCGGCUCAGAAUGUUACAUUUUCAUGCUGUUGGUCUGUAAACAAUUCUUGAGUGCAUUGCAUGCCAAGCACAAGCUUUCAUUAAUGUUUGGGAGCAAGCCAACAUGCAUAUGUUUACAAUGCUUUAGUAUUUAUGUAGUAAUGCAAAUCUGUCAUCUUGUUGGCCUCCGAUCAUCUUAGACUGAGUCAUAAGUCCCCAGCGUACAACAUUAAUUACACAAAUGUCAAUAUUAUUACAGUACUGUCCUGCAAAGAGAAUAGCACAGCACAUUCACUGUGACCUUUCCAUAUUAUAAUUCUUUGAGAUUAGUCCAUCUGCAACAACAGAAUGCCUUUUGGAUUUGGCAGAUGAGAUCAGUAAAUCUGACUGAACAGUGCAAAGCACAACUGCAUUUGUCAAAUGCCCUAAAGGACAACCGAAAUGCUGGGAUAAUCGUGUCUGGUAGAAACAAGUGUGCUUUUUAUAAAAACAUCCAAGAUGAAGCAAGAUGAGAGAUGUACAGUGAAUUCACAUCCAGAAUUCAGGUCACGGAGUUCAGAUAACAGGGCUUUCGACUAUCACAUGUUAUUUCAUGCUGUCUCAGAACGAAAAGAAAGUGAGAGAUCUCGUUCUCAGAUAUUACAGGCGGCUUCUUCAAGAUGAGAUUACAAAAUGUUUAGCUGUAUCCUCUCUUAAUCCAGAUUGCUUUUAGAAAUUGAUCUUUAAAAGAAUCAUUUUGGGGUGUGACAUUUGUGUACUUGCUUAUUCUAAUAUGCACAGGAACUUUCUCUCCUGCAAGCAUGCUAAGGAUUUGAGAGUGCAAUUCUAGGCAUGCUUACCUGGUUGUAAGUUCUUUUAAUAUAGUGGAAUCUACGUCUGAGUAAAGAUGCUUUGUUGUUGU